AUGAAGGGGCACGGGUCGACCGUCCGGCUGUUGCUCAACGAGGGAGCGUAUAUCGAGGCUCACAGCAAGGAAGGCUGGACGGCGCUGCAUCUAGCCGCCCACUUCGGGCACGAAGUCACCGUGCGGCUGCUCCUCGACAUGGGAGCGGAACUGACGUUGCUGCUCAAUAACGGAGCGGAGAUCGAGACACGGGACAGGCGAGACCGGACGGCGUUGCACUCGGCGGCUCAGUUCGGGCACGAAGCUACUGUGCAGCAUCUUCUCGACAAGCGAGCGCAGAUCGAGGCACGGGACAACGACGGCAGGACGUCCCUACACCUGGCAGCUCACUUCGGACAUGACGUUACCGUACGUCUGCUUCUCGAUAGAGGGGCAAGGCCUAUGGGCAAAACCGGGGAGGGAAAUGCUGUCCUACAGCUAGCACAAGAAAGGCGCACGAAGCGGUAUUGA